CUCAUCAUAACAGUCUUGAAUCACAUGCAAUGCGCGCUGGACGUGUGUCUCUUUUUUCUUAUCGGUGCGCGAUAGAAUAAAUUCAAGGUUCUUUUUUGCGUUUAAAUAUUUUUGUCAAAACUUGUGCAACAAAACGAUAAAGAGUGAGAGGCUCACUUUUAUUUCUGUGUUGUUCCAUAUUAACGAAUUCUCUUUUUUUUCUCUCAUUGCAAUCGAUCGUUAAAUAUAUAUUCAUAUAUAUAUAUAUAUAUAUAUAUAUGACCUGUCAAAAGCCGUGUGUGUGGGACGCGCGAUGCGUCAUAAAAACGUGCGGAACAAUAUAAACGAGACUUGACGCGAGAUAAGAAACAAUAAUUUUUCGUUUUCGAUCAUUACAAGAAAGUUAAUAAUAAGAGUUUCAACCAUGUUCGAUCCUGGGGAGGAACUUUGCUGAGAACAUUAAAGUCAUGAGCCUUGUGUAAUUUUAAAGUGGACCGGUGAAGAGUUCGAUGAAAAAAACGUCCUCUCGCCGGCAAAGAAAUUGAAGAAGAAUAAUUUUUUUUUAUUGUCAUUUCGACUUAUUUUUAAAACGAAGAAACAAUGUUCUUUCGUUCACCAUUGGACAUUAUUAAUAAUAAUCUCAUUUCAUUCAACGUCUCUUCAUUAUCAAUAAUAUCGUUACAAUUAUUUUAAUGAGAAUAUAAUAAUUUUGAUAAUAAACAAUUUUUUAAAACUAUUUUUUUAUACUGAAAAAUUUGGACGUUGAAAAAAAUUGAUGGGAUGCGUCAAUUAAAUGUUUAUUUACAUCAAUGUCAAUUGAAUGAGAGACGAAAUUUAGUGGGACACUUUAUGGAAUUUAAAAUUCCAUUGGAGGAGUCAUCAUUAAGAAAAGAGAGGGGAGUGAUUUUUAAUUUUCAAAGUGUAACAAAACGUGUGUAAUAUUCACCUGAGUGGGAAUAAAAUGACGGCAAUGCUGGUUUCAGUGGCGGAAUUAUCCAACAUUUUCUCCGUACUUGCUGUUCUUAUUUGCUUCUGUGGAAUUGUUCUCUUCAUUAUGAGGAACAUGAUGGUUCUAAGGGUGCACGGAGAUGAUUUAAUGUUUGGAGGAACAGGCGGAGUCAUCACGCACGCACCACGAAUCCCUCAGAUGAAAAUGAUGAAGGUCCACAUCCCUUUCACCUUCAAACUUCACGAGAGCUUUAAAAGCAGUUAUACUGAAGUGGAAUGUGAGGUUUCGAGUCAAGUAGAAUACUCAAUGCAAGCGAUAUGGGGUGUAAGUAUAAGGGAACUUCACCUCGCUCUUUGGAAGCCUUGGAAUACCCUCAGGGACGCAUCCCUGAAUGGAACUCUUCUUCAGGGACACGCUCAGCAUCUCACACCACCUAGAACUAGACAACCGCACGGAGAGGAAACUUUGAGAUUGUCACUUCCAGCUCCAGAAUUGGAAUUGGGAACUCCGCCGCGGCUUUGUUAUCCCCUAGUGAUUUUUCUCACUCGUAAAGAUAACAGGGAUCCUCAUCCCGACGAGACUGUCGCUCUAGUGAAUGUCGUUCAUAUAAAAGACAGUGUCUGCACAUUGCCGACCUCGAUCCUCGCUCAGUAUUUAAAACAGGCUAACGGGCAGUUGUCCUGUCUCAAGCAACUCUAUUUGGCGACUGGAAACUCGACAAAUUACGACGAAGUGGACGUAUCAUCCGGUCUCGGGCCAGCACUUGCUUUAGCUGAGCCAUGCAAUAAUAAUGGGAGUAACAGUAGAGGAGCACUGGUCGCUUCCGGCGCUGGCGAUUCGGAAGGAUCCCUCUGGAAUUCUGCUGGCGAGCAACUUUGUGUCGUUUGCCAAUAUUUUCCACUUUCAAGGGCCCUAUUACCCUGCAGACACACGUGCAUUUGCGCCUCGUGUUUCGGGAAAUUGGACAGGUGUCCCAUGUGUCGCAGUCCAAUUAAAAGCUACUUUUGCAUAAGGGGCGAGGAGUACAUGCCACCCGAGAAGGAGGUGAAUCCCUGCAAGCACAGAAGAACCGCUCACGGCCCUUCGCACUGGCUCCACGAUUGGAACGACAGACUCACGGACUUUCUCGGCUUUGCUCGAUAAAAAAAGAAGAUGAAAAGAAAACUUUCAACUUUUUUUUCGCCAAGCCUUUUAACCGUCCUUAAGCCUAGUUUCAACUUCCCAUUCCCAAUUCACAAAAGCCGUAAGCAAAAGUUAAGGAGGGGGGGGUUAUCAAACGGUUCGUCCUCGAAACUUUUUUCAUAAUUUAUAGAAAAAAAUGUACGUCCACUGCCUUUCAAAGGCAGAAGAAAAAAAAUUAACAAAUUUAACGAAAAAAGGGUAAAAUUAGAAAAAUUUCGUUUUUUUAUCAAAUAAACGGAAGUUGCAAUCAAGGAGAAGGAACAUUUUUUUACUAAUACAUUAAGACGUUCUUUAUUGAAAAAAAAAGAUUUCAUCACUUGACAUCAAUUUCUAUUUUUAAUCUUCACAAAAAAAACAUAUCGUAAAUUUUACGAUCCAGUGAAAAAAAUCUCAUUUCCUUCUCCUUAAGAGAAAUAAAAGUAUGAAUAUAUGAUCAAUAAGGAAGUUUUUAAAGACUAGUUAAAUUUUUUUUCCCACCUUUUUUCGCUUAUGAAAAAAGGACAAAUCUCCCUCCGCCAAGCUUUAUUCUUCCCUUAAUAAUAAAAAGAGAUUAUCGUUGCAUUUACGUUUCUUUGCAAAUUUUUGUAAAAGAAAACAAACGAAAAGAAUUUAAACAAAAAAAAUACGAAAAAGUAUUUUUUUAUCACAAAGUUAAGCAAAGAAAAGAAUAAUAAAAUUUAAGUUGUAAAUACACAGACUGUGAUAAUCCUGAAUAAUUGUCUUUUUAUAAUUGUGGAUUGCACUCUACAAAAGGUGCUUUGGAUCAAAUAUAUAAUAAUAAAUAUAUAUAUAUAUAAACGAAUUUCAGUAUGAAUUUUUUUAAAAUAAUGAUGAUAAUAAUAUAAUCGACAUUUUCCCCCAACUCGAUACGAUUUUAAACUCUCUUUCUCUUUAAAUAUAAAUAAGUAGAUUCUAGUUAAUAGAAAUCGACAUUCGCAAGGCUUAAUGAUUUUUCUUUUUCGAUUCUCGAGAGUUAAGAAAAAAUAAUAAAUAAAUCGAAACCUCAAUUUGUAUAUAGAGUAGAAAAUUAGGGCCUAUCAAGUCAAUGUAUUUUAGUAGAAAGAUAUUUAACUGUGUUUAUUUAUACGUGCGAUAUUCCGAUGACGAACGGACAUUUUUGAGAAAAAUAAAAUAGAAAGCGCGUUGACUCGUCGCAAAAAAAACCUGUACAUAAUUUAUUUAAUAAAGAAUUUCGUUCCUAAA